AUGCUUUCUGGGUAAAGUGCGCCCCGGUAUCCGCCCAUAUUCGCGUAAAGGAGGCCAACCUAAGCAGCUAGGCCGGACGCUUGAUCAAAUGGAAAGUUCAAUCGAUUAAUUUGCCCACUUUUUGCAUGUUCCUGCUCGCUUCUGAAUUGCCGUAGACCGACUUACAUGCGGGCGUUUCGCUGUGAAAUAGGAAAUGCAGAGAUCGUGUGAAACGGGAGGAUUAUCAGCUUGACUUAUUUGGUCGCUACUUCGGACGCGGAACUCCACUCGCUAAAAGGUGAAUCAUGACAGAAUAUAAGCUGGUAGUGGUGGGAGCUGGUGGCGUUGGCAAGAGCGCACUUACUAUUCAACUCAUCCAGAAUCAUUUUGUGGAUGAAUAUGACCCCACGAUUGAGGAUUCAUACAGAAAGCAGGUAGAUGAUGGGGAGACGUGUCUUCUGGAUAUCCUGGAUACUGCAGGUCAGGAGGAGUACAGCGCCAUGAGGGAUCAGUACAUGAGGACAGGGGAGGGCUUCCUCUGUGUCUUUGCCAUCAACAAUAUCAAAUCCUUCGAGGAUAUUCACCACUAUAGAGAACAGAUCAAGAGGGUGAAGGACUCCGAGGGUCCCAUGGUUUUGGUGGGGAACAAGUGUGACCUCCCGUCCCGGUCAGUGGACACCAAGCAGGCUCAGGACUUAGCACGCAGCUACGGCAUUCCCUUUAUUGAGACCUCAGCCAAAACCAGACAGGGCGUUGAUGAUGCCUUUUAUACAUUAGUGCGAGAAAUCCGGAAGCAUAAGGAGAAGAUGAGCAAGGAGGGCAAAAAGAAGAAAAAGAAGUCCAAGACAAAGUGUACACUUAUGUGAAUAAAUCCCGCUUUUCAAGACAGACUAAAAAAAAAAAACCUAUGUUGAACAGUUAAAGUAAUACAUUUUGUACAUUACACUAAAUUAUUAGCCUCUUUCUCAGUACCCACCAUACUGAAUACUAAAACCUGACCCCAUUUUUCUGCCUUUCUGUUAUUUGCUACUUGGACACCAAUAAGCUUUGUUCUAGUGCCAGUUGCCCACAUGUGUUGGUCCAACAGCUUGUUUGAUUUUAUAAAAUUAUGUAGAUUUGGUUAAUUUUAUACAAGUGCAGAGCUGUGAGUAAAUUCCAUCACAGCUCGUAUCGACAAACUAUUCAGUAACAACUUGGAUAAUUUUCCCCCUCUUCGCUUGAAAGGUCAUGAGUCCUGUGAUGUCCUUUUAGGUACGGGAUGCCAAAGAAUGAAUUUUCAUCCCUUUCAUGUAGGAAAAAACAGAAAUGGAGAAAGGAUCCUCAAUUAGCCAGAUGAGAUCCAAAUGUCCCAGCCACUGUGUAAUGUCCCCAACUGAUGACCUCUAGGUAUGACUUCAUUAUGUCACUGAUAGUAUGCAUGCAAACUCCUACUCUUCUCCAAAUGUUUUAACACCAUAAUUAGCUCUUAACUAAUUUGCAAUUUGUCAAUGCUUUGUAUUGUGUGGGGAGUGAUUUCAUGCCUACAUGGGACUUUUGUUCUUUUAUUUUGUAUUUUUCUUUUGCAUGCGUUGUGUCCUAGGUGACAUGGGUAAUGCAAACUGUCUCUGGUUGACGUAAUGAACAGAGCCAGCAUUGAGGACCCGAAUAGACAUCAUCCUGAUUUUUGCCUUUUUGUAAACAUGAAAUUGAACAUAAUUACUUGAGCUACAGCAUUGAAGAUCCUGAUUCAUACCCAUUUGAAGAUAUAAAAUGGGACUAACAGUCAGGGUUUGUUUUGGUUAGUCAUUUAACGUUGCAGGGAUUUAUGACUCAUCACAAGCUAACGUUAAACAGCUUGUCACUUAUUUCCUGCUUUUGAUUAUGUAGGGCUUGACUGCAGGAUUGUUUUAAUUUAUCCUGACAAUAAUCAUUUAAUUGAUGUUUGAUACAAGUAAUCAAGGUCGUCCCGUCAGCAUCUUCCAGAUAGAGGACAUCAUAUUUAGACACGUGGGCCCUUGUUUUGUGAGAUGAAAUCCUGAUCCUCCAGUAGCUGGACAUGCAGGUGUCAUGCCUCGCACAUUUUCUUAAACUGUUGACUCACUCGCUUGUAACUGGCUAAAAAGUAGGAUGCAUCUUUAAAACAGCAUUCAGGAUUUUUUUUCUCUUGGUGUGGUGUCACAGAGGUUGUUCAAAAUGUUGUCCAAAUGGAUUUUCAGAAUCUGACUCUUGCGGAGCUUUUGAAAAGAUUUUGGAUUCAUUUCCUAAAAUGAAACUGUUUAGUGGGCGGCCUUUCAACCGAAAUGAUUGUCCAGCAAAUAAUUUGCCAUUUUUUCUCUCACAAAGCUUGUGUAUCAUGAUGAUGUAACUGGAACUAAUGUUGGUAAAUGAGGCAAUAAUUGCCAUUAAAUUGGUUUUUAGGGGAAAUUGUCAACAUGUAUUAAAGAAAAGCCCAAUUUCUUUUCCGGGUCAAACAUUUUUCACCUGUACGAUCGUAUUCACAUGCCGUUUCCCUGGGGAUUUUCAUUUGCCUUUUAUGUUUGCAUUAGGUGCUACUUAGUCGGUAGUGAAAGCAAAGACAACAUUUACUUUGUCUUUUGUGUACUCAAGAAAUACACAAUAUGCUGUUUAGGAGAGUAAUGGUAUUGACAGAAAAUCCAGACAUGAUACAUUUUGUUUUGAGGAUUAAUGAAUUUUGACCCAGUUUAUUAUUACCUCCUUUUUUCAUGAAGUAGAUAAUAAUGUUAAUGCAAUUUUAAUUAUGGAACCCUCUUGUUAACAAUACUGUUUCAAAGGUAGUUUUACCGAAAUGUUAUGAAAUGUUCCUCUUCUUUUAUUGCGUGCCAACAGCUGAUUUCUGAAAUGUAUCAUUUAUACCUGGAUCGUAUUUUAACAACCUUUGUAUAGUUGUGAUACUGAAAGGUGCAUAUUUUGUAAAUUGUGCUUCAUUUCGUUGGUGUGUCUAAAUGAAUGUUGCUUUAAUGGAGUUUCACUCCGCUCUGUGUAUGUGACUAGAGAGUGUGACUGGGUCCAGGUCUAGGGAAGUGAAUGAAUGACCACUUUACAACACACCUGUUGUGGGCAGUGUAGAGUGGUGAUCUGAUCUCAAAUGAGUCUAUUUUUUGCCAUGAAUCUCACCACUCCUAUUUAAUGUGUAAUAAAGAACAAAGUAAAGAGGAA